AUGACCAUUGUGGAGUUGGCAGAGACAGGAAGCUUGGACCUCAGUAUAUUCUGCAGCACCUGCUUGAUACGGAAGCCCAUCAGAUCCAAACACUGUGCAGUUUGUAAUCGCUGUAUCGCCAAGUUCGACCACCACUGUCCCUGGGUCGGCAACUGUGUGGGGAGUGGGAACCAUCGCUACUUCAUGGGCUACCUGUUCUUCCUGCUCUGUAUGAUCUGCUGGAUGAUUUAUGGCUGCAUUUGCUACUGGCGGGUCCACUGCGGCACCACAUACUCCAAAGACGGCUUCUGGCUCUACCUGACCCAGAUUGCCUCCUGCUCGCCCUGGAUGUUCUGGAUGUUCCUCAACAGCCUCUUUCACUUCAUGUGGGUUGCUGUUCUGAUCAUGUGUCAGCUCUACCAGAUUGCAGCUCUGGGAAUCACAACCAACGAGAGAAUGAAUGCUCGACGAUACAAGCACUUUAAAGUUACAGCCACGUCCAUCGAGAGUCCGUUCAAUCAUGGCUGCUGGAGGAACCUGGUAGACUUCUUAGAGCUGCGCUGCUGUGGCCUGUUGCGGCCUGUGCCCGUGGACUGGACCUCGCAGUUUUCCAUAGAGUACGAGCAGACGUCUGGCUCGGGCUAUCAGCUGGUGUAG